AUGAUGGAGAAUCUCGAAACUUUAAUGAACUACUUCAGUUCUUUUGAUGAAAUAGAAAACCAAAGUCAAGAAGAGUUCAAUGACACCUGUGAAGUUUGCGAAAAAAUUAUUCCAUCUAAUUUUUCGAAAUUAUUAGCAACAACUAUUGAGUCCGAUGACGAGUCAGAUAUGAUGGAGCAGUUUCUUCAGCAUGCUUCAUUGAAAUUAUUGCAUCUAAUUUCUCUUAAUAUCAACACAUCAGAUUCAUUAAUAAUUUUAUUCAGCAAAAAUCAAAAUGUAUACUCGAAAGGCCAAUUUUGCAUCAAAUUCUCUAGUGUUGUAUCAUUUUGCAUGAGUAAUGGUGCAGUUUCUUUGAUAAAUUCAUUAGAUUUUACUAAAUUUGACAAAAUCAGUAAGUUUGUUGCGAUUAACUUGGUAUUAAAUGCCUUUUUAGAACAUGAAAUGACAGAUGACUCUACCAAAGUCGAAUUAUUAGUUUUGACUACAAAAUUUUCCAACAUUUUUGUGAAGUACAUUCAAAAUUCUAAGAGUAUUCUCACUAAAUAUCACACGCAGCAGCUUGUUUCCUUGUUAUUUUCAGUUAAUGAACCUCAAAUCGUUGAAAAUUUAUUCUUACAUUGUUUAUCAUUGCUUAAAUCCCAAUUUAUCAGGGAUAACGAGUUCGCACUAAAUACAUUUGCAGCUUUAAGUUUGUCCUUUUCGGGAAAAGAUUUUUAUCAAAAAUUAAUCAAAGAUAAAUCUCUCUAUAACACUCUUUUUGGACUUGUUACAUAUCAGAAAUACCUUAGUUUAUUAGAAUUAAAUCUGCCAAAAAUUAUAAUUAAAAAUACAAUUCAAAUGUCAGAUAUUGAUAUAUUAUUUGGCCAUAUCCAGUCAGAAAAAUCGAUAGACAACUAUUGCAACCUAUUUGCACAAGCCCUGAAAGCUUCUAAUGAUGGUUUUUCUCAACUUCAAAAUUAUUUCGAAAAACUUUCAACACAAUCGCAUAUGAAAGCUCUUUCUAUUCUUAUUCAUUACCUAUAUGUCGAAGACAAUAUCUCAAACAUUUUGGAUUUAAUUGGACUUUUAAUUCAAAAUUGCUCAAAUGACAAGAAACUUUUUGAAAUCAUCAUUGAAUUCAAGAACAAACAUAACAACCCAGAGUUUUUACAUGAUUUGUUUAAAGAAUCUCAAAAUAUUAUCUUAAAUGAACAAAAUACUGAGCAACAAGUAGUUACCUUCUGUGUUUUGCAUCAAGUAUGUAACAUAUCAUUGAAAGAAAACCAAGAUAAGAUUCUUUUGAGUUUAAUAAAUAAUAUUCCUCAAAUUAAAACAAAAUCUGACAUAAUUAUGCAGUCAAUCGAUAGUAUAUUCUCAGAAGAAGAGAAUAUUUCUAUCAAUAAUCAACAAAUUGACGUUCUUUUGAAAUAUAAUAUAUUUUUAUUGCAAAAAAUCAUUGAAAAGUUUGGAAUCAAGGCUAUCAAUGACCAAACAUUUGAUUACUUAUCAAAAUGCCUCUUAACUGUUGAAAAAUCCGAAGAAAUUUUGAUAUUAAUUUCCAAAUUCAUAAUUUUAUCAUCACAAAAAGGAAAAUUCAGCAAAGAGCACUUUGAUUUACUAUUAAAAUCACUUCUAGAAGCAAAUAACUUAGGAAUCAAAAUUGAAUAUUUAAUUUAUAAUAUUUUAAUUAAUUUUGAGCAGCAGCAAGAACUUAUGGAGAUGAUUGUUAACUAUUACAAUGAUCUUGUGUUCAAAGACGAUGAAAAUACCAAGAAAAUUCUUAAUUUGUUCAUUUAUUUGAUCAAAAACUUUGAUGUUUCAUUUAGUUUGUCUCAUCACAAAGGAAAACUCUCAACUGGUCAGUUCCCAUUCACUGUUUACGUUUAUGAGAAAGGGAACUUCACUUUUUACGUUAAAGAAAAUGAAACAAUUAAUUCUUUCAAAUCAAAAAUGUCAGAAUUUUUCAAUUGUCCGAAAAGUGACAAUUCAAUCAAAUUUAAUUAUAAAGGAUCAACAUUAUCUGUUAAAGGAAUUAUAAAGAUAAAGGAUCUUGUUGAGAAAAACAAGAAAUUGCAAGCAACAAUUAGAGAAGACAAAAGAAAAUUUGUUCCAAAAUAUUCUUUCACAGAAAUUUUAGUUUCUCAAAAAUUCAUCAAGAAAUCAUUGGAACAAAUGAAUGAUUCUAAGUUAAAUGAAGACACAAAGACAGUCAUUGAAGAUUUCCUUGGAAUUCUUCCAACAGAUAACGAAAUUAAGAAAAUUAUUUUUGAAGAUUUCGCCGAAAUCAUGGAUUACGAAGGCUACGAACAGAAAUAUGUUUUUGAAGCAAUAACAAUGUAUCUAUCAAGAAACCAGAUCAAAAAUCCAGAAGAAAUCGAAGAAUUUUCCGAAAUUUGGCAAAAAUUGAAAGAAAAUGAAAUUUCUGAAGAAAACAAAAUUUCUGCUUUGCAAAUCUUCGAACAAAUAGUUCCACUUGAUGAUACGUUUGUUAUAGACUUAGAUUACAUUAUGUCAAAAUUGACAACGGAUGAUAAACAAGAAAAGUGUCAAUUUUUAAGAAUUUUACAAAAUAUCAUUAAAAAGUAUCCAGAAGAUUUCGGAUUGAUUUUGUCAACGGAGCCAAUAAUUUUAAGUGAAUAUGUGUUGAAAUACGAUUCAGAAAUUUUGGAAAACAUGAAUUUGGAAAAUUUACAAAACAAAAAAUUCCUUUUCCCAAUUUUGAUAAAAACCGUCAAAAAUCUUGACAACGCAAAGUCUCCUGUCUUGAUUUUAGAGAUAUUGAACAGUCUUAUUGAUGAAUCUUGCGAUAUCACAGAAUUAUUAGAUUUUUGCAAUGAAAAAUUUGACAAAAUCGAGUUUACAAAAGUUAUUUGUCAGAUUUUGGAUAAAAUUUUCCAAUUCCAUCCUAAUUUAAUUUCAAAAACCAAAAGAAAUAUCGACAAAAUCUUUGACUUGUUUAUCAAAGAAUGUUCCGCUGAAGAAGACAAUUUCGCUUUAGGAGUUUUGUCAAAAUCAAUGUCAGAUUUGACACUUAAAUCUCAAAUUGAAAAGAAGCUGUCAAAUUUGUUUGAUUUUGAAUUGAAUACGUUUAAUUUUUCACCAUUCAAUCAAAAUAACCGUCAGAACGAAGAAUAUUGUGGUUUAGUAAAUCACAAAUGCAAUUGUUGGUUGAAUACUAUAUUACAAGAAAUUUAUUGUAAUGAAAAUUACAAGAAAUUAAUAAUUGAAACAAAAAGUGACAAGGAAUGGCAUCAACAAUUACAAUUAUUAUUGACAGAGAUGAAAUACACGAAGAACAAGUUUGUUGAUCCUCUUCCUUUCAUCAGGACCUUCAAAUUACACGAAACACAUGAUAUAAAAGUAGGAAAUCAAGAAGAUGCUGAAGAAUUUUAUACUUCUUUGGUCGACCAAUUAAAUUCGAUCGGCAUUUCAAACAAAGAAUUCAUGAUACAGACAAAAACUGAUGUAAUGUACAAAUUGGAGUUUAAUGUUGAUAUUCCUUUCGAUGAAAACUUAAAGAAGAUUGGCAAAACGGUUUUGACAGCUCCAAAUACGUUAAUUAUUCAAAUAAUGAGAUGGACAUUUGCCAAUUCCGAAAUUGUCAAGAAAAAUACUGUUUUUGAUUUCCCACAAAAAUGUGACAUUUCCAUCGUCAUGGACGAUAAUUCAUCACAAGUUUACGAACUUAAAUCUGUUGUCAUGCAUAUAGGAACUCAGGAAUAUGGUCAUUAUUAUAACCUUAUUCGUAAAAGUGAUAAAUGGAUUAUGAUUUCUGAUGAUUUGAUUGAAAAUUUGACAGAAAAUGAAGCUUAUUCGUAUAUUAAUGGUUACAAUGAUGAAAAUGAAUUAAGUUAUUUGUUAUUCUAUGAAAAAGUUGAUUCUGUCAAAAGUGAAGUGAUCAAAUACGAUGAAAACGUUGUUAAAUCUAUUAAAGAAAAGAAUGAAUUGAUGUCUAAGCUAAGUAUUGCAUUUUCACCAUCAAUUGUUUCUUUGAUGAUGAAAGUUACAGAUGAAAAACUUCUUUUCACUUAUUUAGUGAAUGUCGUGAUGCAUGGUUGUGCUGUUGACACAACUUUGUCUUUGUUUAGUCAUAUAAGAACUGUGUUUUCUACUUCACCUGCAACAGCUGUUAAAAUCUUUGUAGAAAACAAAGAAAAAAUUGUCAAGUUUUUGACAUCAGUUUCUCAUUCUCAAUUGAUCAAAAACAUGAUUUCUACUGUUUUAGAAAGUUGCCAAAAGGUUCAGCCAAUCGAUGCUUAUCCUUUAUUAUCUGAAGCUGUCAGUUUACUUAAUGAUAUUUCAAUUGAUACGAUCGAAACUGUAUUAAUUGAUUUCAUUUCUUCAUGGUUAGAUAAUAAUGAUCAAAUGACUGAAUUUUGCUGUGAAAUUGAUUUAUUCAAUGAAAUUACAAAGAUUUUGACAAAAUUCUUCUCGAAUUUGAUGAUAAGAUUUGAUGUUGAUAUUUCCAAAUUCAUUGAUUUAAUGUCAUUUAAUAUCAAAUUCAUUUCCAAGGAAAUCAUUUUGGAAUUCAUCAAAACAAUGCCAGUUUUCAUUGAAAACAGCAAAAACAAAGUCAGUUUUAGUUCUCUGAUGAUUGAAUGUUGUGCAGAAGGAUACUUGUCGUAUAACGAACUCUGCCAGAGAAUAUUGAAUCACAGGAAGACAACGAAUAAUUUGAUGUCUGAUUAUUUCAUUACUUUCCUUCAAGGCUGCAACGAUGAAACAGAAAUUUCGGAAUUCAUUGACAAAUUCACUGAAAAUAUUCCAAAUGGAAUUUGUUGGUAUAUUGUUUAUCUCAAAGAAAACAUUUGUUCUGAUGAAAUUUUAAGGUCAAUUGUCUGUGAUUUCCCUCAUGAAACUGUUGUUAAAUAUCUCUGCAAUAACUCAAGAAUUGUUCGUUGUUAUGCAGAAGAAAUCAUCUAUUCUUUGUUCUCUGAUUUCGAAAAACCUCGUUUUUGCGCUGAAAGAUUCGUUGCUGCUGAAACAGAAAAAGUGACAUCUCCUACAACGAUGACUUCACCUUCCACUAACAGUGCAGAUAUCUUUGACAAGACUAUUUAUAACUUGUUAGUUUCGCAGACAAAGAAUAUUCCAAAAGAAGCAGGAAGAGCUCCACUUCACUUCACAAAUUUAAUUCGAAUUUCUUCUUGGAUUUUCAACUUUUCUAACAUGAAAAGUAAAUUUGCUGAAGCUUUAUGGGGUCUUUUCGAAUCACAAAUGUCUCUACAGACAAAUCCAAAUUGCAAUAUCCUACAAUUAUUGUAUUCUUUCAUUGAUUUGAAGCCAAAAAGUGAAUUCAUCAGAAAAAGUGUCAAAGAAAAUGGAAUGAAAAUCUUUAAUUCCAUUUUCCCGAUGACAUUUGAAAGAGAUAAUAGAUUGCAGUCCGAAAUAUUCUUCACUUUCUUUGAUCUCUUGAAAGAUGACCUCAAAACCGAUGUCACGUUUUUGUCAAAAAUUGUUCAAUCGAACAAUUUCAAGACAUCAGUUUUAGAUGCUUUUCUUCACUCAGAAAGGAAAGAUUUCUCUGUAUUUUUGUCGAUUUUCAAUCAUGAAAACGUCAGAGAUGAAAUGCAACCACUUUUAUCGCCUUUAUUAAGAUGUGACGAACCAAUUUUUGUUUCUAAUAUUUGUUCUUACUUUAAUUUUGAUGAUUUCUCGGAAAUGAAAUCACAAACGGCUGUUGAAGUUUUCUUGAUACUUUAUAAGAAAGGGUUAGUCACAGAAAGCUUAGUAAUAAGAAUAAUAUCAAUAGAAGAUGAUGAAGAAAUCAAAGUUGAUUUGUCAAAAGAUAAUUUUGACUUAUCAAAUUGUUCGAAUUUUGUUUCAAUCAAAGAAAGUUCUGUUGCAUGGCAAAAAAUUGACGGUUUUUGUCAAAAUGUAAUUUCAUCUAUUUACGAAUCAUUUGAGAAAGCGAAAGGAAAUGGAACGUUCUUUAGGAACUUCUAUCAAUUGAUUUGUUUUGUUGAUUUACUUGGUGAUGAAAAAGAGAAAGAAAAAUCUUUGAAUUAUUUUGUCGAAAAUUAUCAAAAUAAAUUUGAAGAAAAGAUUGAUAAUUUCGAAGAUACAUUUAAUCUUAUUGUUGAUGAUGUCCAAAUUGAUUAUUUCAAGCUGUUCUCUGCUUUAAUUAAUUCUUUCUUUGAAAAUGAAUUUGAUUUUUCAAAAAUUUUGAUCAAAAUUUAUCCAAAGGUUUCAGAAAGGAAGACUGAAGUAAUUAAUAUGAUUCAUGAUGUUUAUCUUAAAAACUCUUCAAAUGAUCAAAGAUUUAUAACUUUGAAGAGACUUUAUGAGCUUAUCCAAGCUAAUCCUGAUAUGAAACCAGAUGUAAUUGAAAUAUUUAACCUUCAAGAAGAUGAUUUUGCUUCUUGGGAUGACAAAAUGAUUGUUUAUCUUGAAAUUUUUAUGAAAGAUGAGUAA